AAGGUACGCACUGAAAACGUGUGUACAACUGUUAUUUCUAUAUUUUUCUUACCUCCAGGAACGGGGGAUCUUUCUGUGUUUUAACUUAGGUCUGUCUUUAACGGUUAUUGUCUUUUUCGAGGGGUCACAAACAACCAACAAUGAAGAUCAAGCGACAGAAACAAGCCAAGAAAACUAUUAGCUUCUACAAAUACAACUUUAAUUUCAGGGAGCCUUUCCAGAUCCUCAUUGACGGAACGUUUUGUCAGGCGGCGUUAAAGAACAAAAUUCAAAUUAAAGAGCAGCUACCGAAAUAUCUGAUGGGGGAGGUUCAACUGUGCACCACAAAUUGUGCGCUGAAAGAACUAGAGACACUUGGAAACCAACUUUAUGGAGCCAAAAUCAUCUUACAGCGGUUCCAGGUUAGGAAAUGUCCUCAUUUUAAGAAUCCAGUCUCUGCCUCCGAGUGUCUGCUGUCCAUGCUGGAGGAGACAAACCCACAUCACUACUUUGUUGCCACUCAGGACCAUUCUUUGACUGCAGGCCUGAAGAAGAUCCCAGGGGUUCCUCUGCUCUACAUUGUUCUCAACACCAUUGUGUUGGACAAGCCCAGCCAGGAAUCCCUUGACCAUGUCCAGGCCGUCCAGCUGGGAGAGCUGGUGAGCCCGGCCCAGCAGCAGAGCAUCCGCAGCCUGAAAGAAGAGCAGGGCAUCAGUAACAAGGAUGGAGAGAGGCGAGGGAAGAAGAGGAAGAGGAAACAGAGCAAUCCAAAUCCCCUGAGCUGCCUCAAAAAGAAGAAAAAAGGAGUGCCAACACCGCCGCUAAAGAAGGCGGAGUCAGGAGAGAAGAAGAGAAGCCGACACAAGAAACGAAAGAUAGUGGGAGCCCAAGACACGGAUGGUCCUGCUGUUAGAAAUAACUAGUCUGGCAGGAAAAUAAGAGACUUCAGCGCUUCCUUUUCCUAAUAUACGAGACGUCAAAGAUGUCUGUGGUUGAUAUUAUCCAAAUUAAAGGUAAUGUUACA